AUGAAGAGCACCCUGGCAUCCUAUGCAGCUCUUGCUGCCGCUCUCACCGUCUCGGUGUCGGCUCUCGCUCCUCUCGAGCGAAAUCUGGCUUACCGCUCUCCGACACUCUCGUUGAGCAACGGCGAUGGCCUCAGUCACGACAUUGUACAUAUCGGAAACCAGAUUCGCAAGCGAGCCUACGACGACUACGUCACCUCCAAGGUGGAGGGCAAGGCCAAGCGCAACAGUGGCAAGAAAGACAAGAACCACCAGUACAAGACCGAGGCUGACUUCCUUGUUCAAAAUUACGACGGCGACUACGGCUCGGACGGUCGCGACGCUUACAAGGGUAACGUCUCUUUCCCGUUCGGCGUUGCUUCUGGUGAUCCCUAUCCCAACUCGGCCAUUCUAUGGACUCACCCUGUGCCCCAGGACAACAGCACCAACCUGCCCAUUUGCUUGCGCUACCAGACGUCGAAAAGCAAGACCGACUUUUCGGCAAAGAACCUCGUCGACGACAGCUACGCCUGGACCACGAGCGAAGUCGACUACUCUUUCAAGGUUGAGACCACCGGCCUCUCGCCCAAGACGCAGUACUUUUACCGCUUCUUUUCGUGUCAUGAUCCUUCGGUCGUUUCGCCCGUCGGUAGCUUCAAGUCAAUUCCAGACUAUGACGAUGACUCUGUCGACUCGCUCAAGCUUGCCGUCUUCUCGUGCUCGAACUUGCCAUUUGGUUUCUUCAACGCCUACCGCGCCGCUGCUGCGCGCGACAACGGUGCUGACUACUUUGUCCACGUCGGUGACUACAUCUACGAGGCUCGUGGUGAUGGUCAAACUGUGGAAGGUGAAAACACAUAUGGUGAUGGCCGACCGCUUGACCGUGUCCCGGCUCCCGACCACGAGAUUGUGACACUCGAGGACUACCGUCUGCGAUACGGCUCUUACCGGAAAGACAAGGAUCUCGCAGCUCUGCACGCUGAGAUGGCUUUCUUCGGUAUCUGGGACGACCACGAGGUAGCCGACAACUCUUACAAUCACGGAACCGCAGACGGCAAUAACACCGAGACCGGUGCCGUUCGAGGAGUUCGCUUCACCGAGCGAAAGCUCGCUGCGGUCAAGGCUUACUACGAGUGGAUGCCCAUCCGUCAGGUGGACACGACCGACUCGCUCCGUAUCUGGCGCAGCUUCCGCUACGGCAAACUUGCCGAUCUCUUCCUUCUCGACACGCGCAACUUCGAUCGUGACCUGACAGACGUUUACUGGAACACUGAUGCUGUGGCUGCUAUCAGCAAUGACACCGACCGAUCGCUCAUGGGAGGCAAGCAGGAGCAGUGGCUUUACCGCAACAUGAUUGCGUCGCAGCAGCGAGGCACCACCUGGAAGAUUGUUGCUCAGCAGAUCAUCACAAAUUGGCAAAAUUAUGGCCAGCCGGAUUUCUCGUACAACUAUGACGCUUGGCAGGGAUACCGUUCCAACCGUCGUCGAUUCUUCGACACAAUAGUGAACAACGAGAUCGAAAACACGGUCAUCCUUUCUGGUGACUCCCACGCCAACUGGGUCUACGAUACCGUUCCGGAAGAUCGACUGAACAACACUCAGUAUGACCCUGUCACUGGCAAGGGCAGCAUUGCUGUUGAAUUUGCAGGAACCGCUGUGUCUUCGCCGUCGUCAUACGGCCGCAAUCUCACGCAGGAAAAGUACGACGCUGCUGCGAAGAGGCUGGUAUCGAUUAACAGGAACCUGCAGUGGGCCGAGGGAGCUCACAGGGGUUACUUUGAGCUCCAGUUCAAUAAGAAGGAGGUCAACGCGCAGUUUUACGGUUACCUCAACAAUAGCUUGCCCGAGACAGAGGAGUUGCUCGUGGCUCAGUUCAAUGUCAAGAAGGGAGCUAACAAGCUCACCCGGCCUAUCAACUACGGCAUCAAGCCUAUCUCGGGAAGCCUCCAGGCUCAGGCUGUUGACUACUCCAAGUCACAGUGGAACGGAACUGCAUUCGUGGAUAAGAACUAG